ACUAUGUAUAUGGAAUGAACGCCAGGUUGUAAUCUAAAAAACCUCAUAAUUCUCAAGAAACCUUUAUAUUUAGGAAGGACAAGAAGACAAUUCAUCAUAUCAAAAGAAAAAGAAGAAUUUACUCUUGGCUCUUGUAAACAAUAACACAUGUUGAUUAUGGCUUUGUCUUUGAAAUUUAACUUAAAAGAGAAGUUAGACAUUAAUUUCACAAAUACAACAACAUUGAGUCUAUUAUGCAAAAAUAUAGCUUCAGAAAUAGCAUCAGGUUCUAUGAAACUUUGUACUUUUGUGGAGACACUAAGUUCCUAUACAACAAACCAAAAUGUUCAUGUAAGAGAAAGAGGUGUUGCUAUACUUUCUUCUGUUUUAUCACAACUACCUCAAUAUUAUCUUAAUGAAACAGAGCUACAUUUCAUUGCAAUGUUUUACUGUGACAGGAUAAAAGAUCAUGAUAAAGUUAUACCUUCUGUAUUAAAUGGUAUUCUUGCAAUUGUGAACAUGAAUUAUUUGCCUCAAGAUUCACUAUUAUCUCUCUUAAGAUCAAUAUUUGAACAUAUUCAAUGUCAAUCUCUACUAGUACAAGAACGUCGCAAUAUAUAUUUAAUAUUUAAAAUUUUAAUAGAAAACAGAUUAAAUGAUUUGAGAUCUAUGGGAUCAGAUUUAGUUCAUGGAAUUAUUAAUACUAUGGAUGGUGAAAGAGAUCCGAAUAAUCUCAUGAUACUGUUUAACACAUUACCAUAUAUUAUAAAAGAGUUUCCAUUGGGUCAUUUAACAGAAGAAAUGUUUACAGUUAUGGCGUGCUAUUUCCCAGUUGAUUUUAAUUCUUCUAGCAGAGAAGAUACAAAUUUGAAAAGAGAAGAUUUGGUAGAGAAAUUGGCACCUUGUUUAUAUGCUACCUCAGAAUUUGCAAAUUAUUGUAUACCUGUCAUAAUUGAAAAAUUAUAUUCUUCUCAUAGAGUUGCUAAACUCGAUAGUUUGAAUUUAUUACAUGACAGUGUUCAAAUAUUUGGUGCAUUAAAAUUGCAACAUUAUUUAUGUGAAUUAUGGACAGCUUUAAAGAAAGAAAUUAUGUCAAUGAAAGAUGUUAAGGUAGCAGAUGCUGCUUUGGAAGCAACAAUAUCUUUAAUUACAGUGAUGUCUUCUACUGAAAUCUUUUGUAAAGAUUUUGUUGACAAAAUAAUUGCUGAUAUAAAACCAUUAAUAUGCGAUGUGCAAUUUAGUUUAUUUAAAUCAGCUGAAACACUAUUAAAAAGAAUAGCAACAAUCAGUAAAGAAACAUGUAUGCAAGUCGUAUUAACUAUAAUACCUCUAUGUAUUGGACAAUACUUCACAAAUAUUUCAUGGGACAAUAAAAUUAAGUUGAUGGAGACUUUAAAUGAUGUUCUGAAAAUAUGCUCCAACCAUGGAUUUUGUAUUGAAGAUAUUCCAGAAUUAAAAUGGACAAAUAUAACUCAAUUAUACUUAGAUGGUUUAAUAGUAGAAAACAUUAAAUUAAGAAGUAAAAUGUUCUGUGGCUUAAUAAUUCAAGGACCAUAUUUAAAUGAAACACAACGUUUUAUAUUAUAUAACGUGAUAUGUGAUCAAAUUGAAAUAGGAUGUGAUGAAAUACAGACAAUAUGUCACACAACUAUUCUAGAAUUUGCUAUGUUGUAUUCUCAAGAAAUAAUAUUGUUAGUUGAAGAAAGAUUUUUAUUAAACAUAGAUGAUACAAAAAUCAAAUUACUAAAACGCAGAAUAAGGACAUUAUUAGCAAUUGCAAAGCUAUAUGAAUUAGGAUAUAUAAUUCUUCCAGAAAUCAUUAACUUAUUAACUAACAAUGUUUGUGCUGAUAUAUGCAUUACAAUACUACUGAAUAUUCAGAAGCUGAUUGCUUCAGGGAAAUUUGAUUAUAAUAUACAUCAGUUUCUAUAUGAGAAAUGUCAUGUUAUAGAUAAAUUAAUUUCAUAUAAAACAAGCGUUAUCAAUCACAAAAUGUUGAUAGAUAACGUUUGUCAAUUAAUUAUGCGAAAUCUUACAGUUGAACAGCAACGUACGAUUGUGACGAAGUACGUUGUGACUUUAAAUGUAAAAUCUCCAGAAACAGACGUGGCUCUGAUAAUGAAUCUUUUAAUCCCUCUGCGAAAAGACGUCAACUUUUAUAUUAAUGAUAAUAUGAUAGAAAAUCUAUACAAUCUGGCUGUUAAUACUCACAGCUCACAAUACACAAGACAAAUAAUCUGUAAAUGUUUAUCCGUUUUAUUAAAUAAAAUGGAAGCUGAAGAUCUUAAUCGGAUUGUAUCUUAUUUUGAAGAAAAGAUAAGCAAUAAUUUGAAAGAAAACAUUGAUAUGGAAUUGGAACAUGUAAUUGAUUUACAAAUUUGGAUGACUAAAGCACUUAUCAUAAGGGGAUAUAAGAAAUCUCAAGAUCUUUUGGAAAAUCUCACACAUUUACUAACACAUGAUCGAGUAGGCCAAUACGUAAGUCAACAAUAUCAAAUUUUAAUAAGCAAUCACGAGGAUGUUUUAACGAAGGAAAAUUUUUGCGAUAUUAAAAUAUUUCACAAACAAAGGGUGUUUGAGUAUUUACUGCAAGAAAAUAAUAAUGUCGUAAAUUCAAUGAGACAGAAUUAUCUUAUCGCGUUAAUAUAUUCAUUGGAACAAAUAUCUACGGAAUUAAAGUUUUUACAUUUAGCCAGGCUAGUACCACUAUUAAUCGAAUCGCUGUCUCUCAGCGACGUACAACUGAUUCUUUGGACGUUGAGAUCGCUCAAGUCUUUAAUUAAUAGUAAACACGACAUAUUUUCUAACAACGUACAAUGCAUUAUACCGAGACUCUUACAAUUAGCGACGAGAGAAAGCAUGAAUGUUAGAAUUGCAGUACUGGAGUGCCUGUCAUAUUAUGCUGAUUAUCCUACCGUCAUAAUUUAUCCAUACAAAGUACUCGUAUUAGACAAGCUGGGAAUCAUAAUCGACGACCAUAAACGUCUAGUUAGAAAGGCGGCUGUGGAAGCAAGAACACGAUGGUUUAUAGUGGGUGUAUCCGAAGAUUCAGAAUGAAUAUUUUUUUAUAUAUGAUUUUAUAACGACUCCCUUAUCCUUGAUGCCUUUCUUAAUUAAAUAAAGACCUAAUCUUGAUAAAUGGAUUAUAAGAUCCAUAGCUAUUACCGUGGACAUAUUCAGUACAGUGCAAGCAUGGGCGACGAUGUGGUAAAGAAUGGCGCGUACAAGUACGAUGACGGUACGAAGUAUAUCGGGGAUUGGAAUAGCAGAGGUUUGAAGCAUGGCGCUGGUUUAUUAGUUCUUCCGGACGGAACACGAUACGGCGGAGCAUUUCAAAGUGGAUUAUUUUCUGGAUUAGGAGUUAUUAUAUUUCCCGAUGGAGCAAA